AUGGCAGGCACACGGAAUUAUGAUUUCCUGAUCAAACUUUUGUUGAUUGGAGACUCGGGUGUGGGAAAAUCAUGUUGUCUGCUGCGCUUCAGUGAAGACUCAUUCACUCCAUCAUUCAUCACGACUAUCGGCAUUGAUUUCAAGAUCCGGACGAUCGAGCUGGACGGGAAGAGGGUGAAGUUGCAGAUCUGGGACACAGCCGGCCAGGAGCGCUUCCGCACCAUCACGACAGCAUACUACCGAGGUGCUAUGGGUAUCCUCCUUGUCUAUGAUGUGACUGAUGAACGUUCAUUCCAAAGUAAGGAUCCCUCCACCCGUGACCGUCACAAUAGACCUGACCACCUAGACAUCCGGACCUGGUUCUCAAACGUGGAGCAACACGCCAGCGAGGGUGUGCACAAGAUUCUCAUUGGAAACAAGUGUGAUUGGGAAGAGAAAAGAGCGGUCUCUACUGAACAGGGUCAACAACUUGCCGAUGAGCUUGGCAUUCCAUUCCUCGAGGUUUCGGCCAAGAACAACAUCAACAUUGAGAAGGCGUUCUACAGUCUUGCAUCGGAUAUCAAGAAGGGCAUGGACACUUCCAAGACCGAACAAUCUGGUACCGGAGGCGUCAGUAUAGACCAGCAGGGCUCGGGUCUGAAUGGCAACUCUGGGGGGAAGUGCUGUUAG